AAUGUGGUGUUUCCAGUUGCUUUCACUAUGGUUCGUCCUGCACAUGUGCCAUCGUUCACUCGGGGAGGUUUACACCUCAAUGAUGAGCAUAAAGCAAAACAUUUUAUCAGAAAGACAACUCAUUGAUCAUUUGAGACGAUACCUUGAUCGGGAAACUCAAAGACUUGAAGAUAUUAAACGGUUCUACACGAAGGUUUCUGCAUUUCACACGGGGACACACAAUGAUUCAUCAGUGUCCAUGGAUAAUCCUUUGGCAGCAUUUACACUCAUCAAGAGAUUACAGUCUGAAUGGUUGAACAUAAUCUACAGCAACAAAGGCGAAGAAAAUGCCCAAGCACUGAAGGGUUCUUAUAAGAGGAUAGAAGGUACUUUGCCAAAGCAAGAAGACCUCCAAGGGGCAGCACAGGGGCUGUUGAGACUCCAGGACGUGUAUUCUCUUCAAGUGGACGGAAUGGUGAAAGGUCAUUUCCAGCGGAUCAGAAAUGGAAGCAUAGUUGAUAUUUACAAGCCAUCUGUAGGCAUCUCUCUCUCUGGGGAUGACUGCUUUCUUGUUGGAAAGGUGGCCUACCAUGGGAAGGAUUACUAUCACUCUGUACAAUGGCUUGAGGAGGCAGUGCGGCUUUUUCGAGGCAUUAACAGGAGCCCAGAAAACGAGGGCACUUUGGAAGAUGCCCUAGAUUACUUAGCUUUCUCUCACUUCAAGACAGGAAACAUCUCCUCUGCACUCAGUCUGUCCUUGGAGCUGCUACAUCAUGAUCCAUCAAACACAAGGGUUCUGCUAAAUGUGCAGAAGUAUGAAAAACUUCUGGUUAAAAGUCCUGCCAUUCCAAGCCUAGGGUCUGGAUUAAAGAGACCCAGUACCACCUAUCUGAGAACAAGAGACACUUAUGAAACCCUUUGCCAAAGCCAGGGAUCUCAGCCAAAACAUUAUGAAAACCCAAGACUUUUUUGUGACCAUUACACCAACGGAAAUCCUGGCCUGCUCCUGCAACCCAUGAAACGUGAGCUGGUGAGCCUGCAGCCUUAUGUUGUCCUGUUUCAUGACUUUAUCACAGGAGCAGAGGCCCAAUGCAUCAGGGAGUCUGCAAUGCCAGCACUAAGGAGAUCAGUAGUGGCAUCAGCUGAGAACCAGUCCACCGCUGACUAUCGCAUCAGCAAGAGCGCAUGGUUGAAAAGCUCAGCACAUCCCACUGUUAGCAAGGUGGACCGUCGUAUCAGUUUGCUAACAGGCCUGAAUGUGCAACAUCCCUAUGCAGAACAUCUGCAAGUGGUCAACUACGGUAUUGGGGGACACUACGAACCUCAUUUUGAUCAUGCCACAUCAGAAUCCAGCCCCUUGUACAGACUGAACUCUGGAAAUCGCAUUGCUACCUUUAUGAUAUAUCUCAGCUCCGUGGAAGCAGGAGGAUUCACUGCCUUCAUCUACGCCAACUUCAGCAUUCCUGUAAUCGAGAAUAGUGCUCUGUUCUGGUGGAACCUCCACAGAAAUGGCCAAGGGAAUGGAGAUACACUGCAUGCAGGUUGUCCAGUCCUGGCUGGAGAUAAAUGGGUGGCCAAUAAAUGGGUGCAUGAGUACGGACAGGAGUUUCGUCGGCCUUGCAGUCCCAACCUUUAUGAGUGACUUGGACUAUCAGGAGCAUGAGCCUCUUUACGUGGGUAAGGACGAAAGAAGAGGACAGGCCAGACUUCUGCAGGGGAGCAUGGAAACUGGCAGAGGAGAUGUGGAAAUCCGGGGAGAGUUGGCUGAGCUGGACUGAACUCCAGACUGUGCUGUUUAGGCAUUUUCCGGCAUCUAUUAAUUUUAGGAGGAAUUUUUAUGUACCUAAUUUAUCAGUACAGUAUAUAGUACAAUGUUAAGCAUGAACAUAGUAACUUAUAGACUUAAAUAAAACACUUCUUGCUAGGAGAUUGUUGGAUAGUGCUUUAUAUAUGUACUUCUGUAGUCUGCUAGGAGUUAUUUAUUUAUUUAUAUUUUUAAUAUUGUGAUGGUUCUGGGUAAAAUUCCAUCCAUCCAAUAUAUGAGAGCUUGACCAGCAGUUUUGCCCUCCACUGAGAGCUAUAGGCUUUAUGAGCUAUCCCUGUCACAACAAUCACACAUUACUACUUAUGUGAUAGGGAGAUUUGACAGUGCUGAAGUAGAGUUACCAGACAUGCACACACACACACACUUCUCUGAGAGGCCUCUGCUUUAGGAAUGCUGUGUGAACCAUGCUGUAUUUGGCAAGUUUAUAGUAGAGAUUAUUCACUAUUCAUCAUGAUUUACAGGCCCAGAUACAUUCUCCAUGUGUGUCUCCAAAGCAGAAUAAAGUGGACAUUGAGUGGAAAGUAUUGAGAACCCCUCAGUUUUUUUUUUGCUCACUUACAUUGUGUUCUAUAAUUACAUUUAAAUGAUUUAAAUUACUUUUUGUAAAAAAAACAAAACAAUAAGCUGUAAUGAUAAUGCAAAAAAUAGUUUGUCAAAUGUUUUGUAUUAAAAUCAAAAAUGAAUUCAGAAUUAUUUUUGUGAAGCCACUUUAGUAAUUACAGUAAUCACAGCUUUGAAUCUAUAAAAGCUUUGCACACCUGGAUGUUGGCAGUUUCUCCCAUUCUUUCUGGAAGAUCCUCUGAAGCUUAGAUUGGAUGGAGAACAUCUGUGUACUGACAGUUCUCUCUGCAGAGGUUUCGAGGCUGGACCAUCCACGGACAUUC